CGACUCUGCAAGUUGGAGAACUUCGGGAGAGCUUCACUAAUUAUUGCACUCAUCAUUCUACGUCACAUAUGCAGUUACUGAACAACAGAUUCUAAUAUUCUCUGGAUGGUUUUAAGUCUUCAUAACCAGGCACUAAGAGGUUGUCGUUACAUAAUGUGUGCUAGUCGUGCACUUCGACGGUGAACCGCGGAUCACACACCAAGGAACCAGAUCUGAAGUAAUCAGCGCCAAUUGUGCUCAAGAUGCUACCGCCGCGCACUCUUCUACGACGUCUCCUCGUCCUCCGCUCUACGAAAUCCCCAUCGAUCCCCCGUUCUAACACCCGUUUAUUCACAAGGAAUACCAAUCUCUCAUCUCCUGGGCGACCGCAGAUUCCCUUUCUAUCCGUCCCGCUAACCAGGAAUCAGCAAUUCCGAUACCUGACGACCGAGAGAAAGCGAUGGUUGGCCAGUGAGGUCUACCGUGGAUUACAGUACACUAUCAUUCUCUGGAUUGUCGGCACUUCGUCCGUUCUAGUCUAUUGGGCCGUACAGCAAGAUUGGCUAGAAACGAAAUACCCAACACCGGACGAGUGGACGUUCUGGACCCGAUUGCACUUCAGACUUGCGAGAUGGGUUCCUGACCGGCCAGACUUGCCAGAGACCGACUGGGUUACAAUUGGGAAUUACGUCAAGAGUGUUCUUGAGAGGUUAGAGGAUGAGACAAUUGACGGAAAAGGGUUGAAGGCCGUGUUGGAUACAGCCGAUAACGAGUCUGGGAAGACGGUCACAUACGACAUAACAGCGAAAAGUGAACCAUGGAGGAGGGGCUACUAUGAGGCUUUAAUGCUAUGCGCAAAGGCGGCCGAGAACCUCGAUGACCAAGUCGUAGAUAAAACGCGACGUUAUGUAUUCCCGGCCGACCAGGUCAUAGGACCGUCAAACCCCAACCCGCAGCCCAUUCGCCACGGCUCUCCGAGUGCUCCUCACGAGAAAGACUGCGAACCGGCAUACGUAAAACCAGGUGUCGUCUACCAGAAGAUCCUAGAUACGAAAGGGUUUACAUUCAAACAGAAGUUGGACGCCGCUUUGGAGUACGCCUCGUACCUAGACUUCAAGGGCUCACCUGAAGCUGCUUCUGCUAUGUACGACAAAGCAUUGGCACUGGCCACAGAAAACUCACCACGUCCAUACGAUAUAAAAUCAUACGUGCUCCAAGACGUCACGCACCACCCCUCCGCAAACCUCCUGAACGUCCUUACCGCCCUAGCGACGCACAAAGCCCGCAACGGCGACACCGCCACCGCACUCCCCAUCCUAAUCUCCAUCCUCAGAGCGCGGCGCUCCCUGCCCCUUCCGCAACCCAGCCAGAACUCCGGCGCCGAGCGAGCUAAGACGUCCCCCUGGUCCCUCGGCAGCAUGAUCGGCUUCGUCCGCCGCUUCAUCUACACACCAGUGUACCCUCCCCCACCACCCGACGGCUCCGCCCCGCCCGUCCGCGACGCGAAGGAGCUCUGCGAGGAAGCCGGGCUGAACCUGUACAUCGGGGAGAUAAUCUACGCCUCGUCAUCCAAACCCGGCAACCGCGAAGACGGGCUCGCGUGGACGCGCGAAGCCAUCGAUCUCGCGGAAGAACAGCUGCACCGGCUCAACAACAACAACCUCAACAGCGAAGACGACGAGGACGACGCUAGCGAUGCCGAUAAAAAGAGCGCCAAGGCCGACGCCAAGAAGACGUGUAAAGAGUGUCUAGGAAGCGGCCUCGAGAACUGGCGCACGAUGGUCGCGACGCUGGCGCGCGAGGAGCGCGACAGGGAGGCCCGGGAGCCGGCUAAGGCGGGCGGCGGAGGCUGGUUGGCGGGGUUGUGGGGCGAGGGCUGCGCGGAGCACGUCGUGCGCGGCCGGUGGGCGGCGGAGGAGAACGUGGUCAAGGAGCGGACGAGGCGGGCGAUGGAGGUCCUGGAGGAUGUGGAGGCGCCGAAGGCUGGGUUCUUGUCUGCGUUUAAAGCGUGAUGAGAGGGAUUGCGUAUGGAAAAAGGGGAGAGGAUGGGAUGGGGGGUUUGUAUCCUACUUGCCUACCUACUAACGUAUAAAUCUAGGAUAUAUCCCGCGUUGUCGGCUUGUCAUUAAGGAAAUCUAUGAUGGGGCAAUCAGGGUCUAUACAUAAUCCUAUGAUUCUGAUGGUCCUGGUAUUGCGGCGCUAUCUACUGGAGAAAUCCCUGCUGACGAAGGAAGGGGGCAUUUACAACGCAAACGACGAAAUCAGAAGGGCCAAGAUGCCGGUGUUAUAUACAAUGCCAAAAGAUGGUCACCUACUUGUGAUGCACGGAGCUGGGAAGAGUACUCUCGCUAACGCGAUGUAUGUAAAAUGCUACUGUUAGGAUAUUGUACGUUGCAAAUUCAUCUACGCGGCUAUGCUAGGAAUACGAAUAACUUUCAAAGCAU